CCCCGCCCAGCGCGGAGUGCAGGCGCCGGAUUCCCUUCUGUCGCGCGGCCUUAUAGUUCCGGCUGUGGCGCGCGGCCGGAAAGUUUAUGCCGACGGACUGUGUCCGGCGAUGGGCACGGGCAUUUCUCCGUUUAUAGCUGUCUGUUUGCAUUCUGAUUGGGAACACUGGGAUCAUUUUCAUCAUGCCGACAGUGGUGGUAAUGGAUGUAUCCCUUUCCAUGACCCGACCUGUGUCUAUUGAGGGGUCCGAGGAAUACCAGCGUAAGCACCUAGCAGCCCAUGGUUUAACGAUGCUGUUUGAGCACAUGGCCACAAAUUACAAGCUUGAAUUUACAGCACUUGUGGUUUUUUCAUCACUUUGGGAGUUGAUGGUCCCCUUCACGAGAGAUUAUAAUACCCUACAGGAAGCACUAAGUAAUAUGGAUGAUUAUGACAAAACCUGCUUGGAGUCUGCAUUAGUUGGUGUUUGCAAUAUCGUUCAGCAAGAAUGGGGUGGUGCAAUUCCUUGCCAGGUUGUCCUGGUGACGGACGGCUGUCUUGGCAUUGGUAGAGGGUCACUGCGACAUUCCCUAGCCACUCAAAAUCAACGAAGUGAGAGCAACAGGUUUCCACUACCUUUUCCUUUCCCAUCUAAGUUAUAUAUCAUGUGCAUGGCGAAUUUGGAGGAGCUCCAGAGCACCGAUUCCUUGGAAUGCCUUGAACGUCUCAUAGAUUUAAACAAUGGUGAAGGGCAGAUUUUUACUAUUGAUGGCCCCCUGUGCUUGAAGAAUGUACAGUCUAUGUUUGGAAAACUGAUAGAUUUGGCAUAUACGCCUUUCCAUGCUGUUCUCAAGUGUGGCCACCUAACUGCUGAUGUACAAGUCUUCCCCAGGCCAGAACCUUUUGUUGUAGAUGAAGAAAUUGAUCCUAUCCCUAAAGUCAUUAACACAGAUUUGGAAAUAGUGGGAUUUAUUGAUAUAGCUGAUAUUUCAAGUCCCCCAGUUCUGUCCAGACAUCUGGUCUUACCUAUAGCACUUAACAAAGAAGGUGAUGAGGUGGGUACUGGCAUCACUGAUGACAAUGAAGAUGAAAAUUCAGCCAAUCAGAUUGCAGGCAAAAUACCCAACUUUUGUGUCCUGCUCCAUGGUAGCCUAAAAGUGGAAGGAAUGGUAGCGAUUGUUCAAUUAGGUCCUGAAUGGCAUGGAAUGCUCUACUCCCAAGCUGACAGCAAGAAGAAAUCAAACCUCAUGAUGUCUCUCUUUGAGCCUGGCCCAGAACCUCUCCCAUGGCUAGGGAAAAUGGCACAGUUGGGUCCUAUUUCAGAUGCUAAAGAAAACCCUUAUGGCGAGGAUGACAAUAAGAGUCCAUUCCCCCUGCAGCCCAAAAACAAACGCAGUUAUGCCCAGAAUGUGACUGUCUGGAUCAAACCCAGCGGCCUGCAGAGUAAUAAGAAUCCUAGAGGAAGGAGGAAGAAGGAAGACAAUUGUGCCAGGAACCCAAGGCAAAAUAAUAACUUUACACAGAUGUACAGAAGAUUUUAAGAAAUGCAAGGAAACUACCUGAAAAAACACAGACAUUCUAUAAGGAGCUGAACCGUUUGCGAAAGGCCGCUCUAGCCUUUGGUUUCCUGGACCUGCUGAAAGGGGUGGCUGACAUGCUGGAAAGGGAAUGCACACUGCUGCCUGAGACAGCCCACCCUGAUGCUGCAUUCCAGCUGACCCAUGCUGCCCAGCAGCUCAAGCUGGCCAGUACUGGCACCUCUGAGUAUGCCGCUUAUGACCAGAACAUCACACCUUUGCACACGGACUUCUCUGGGAGCAGCACUGAAAGAAUUUGAAACUGACUUUUGGAGCUUUCCUUCUUUUUUCAUUUCAACUGAAAAUGAUUUAGGUAAAAACCUUUCCAGUAUGUUCACCUCUCGAAUAGCCACCCAAAGACCUUCCUGAGGCUGCCUCAGAAGCACCACUUGCUGUUUUGAAUGACUCUACUAGUAUGAGAAGGAUGUGAAGGUGGUUGGCUGGUUGGGCUUUAACUUCCUGGGAUUCAUAAUUUUUAAGCUUGGAAGAUAGCUGCUGUUCCCAUGAUGGGCACAUUUCCUGAGAAGCUUGAAUGACUGAUGAGCAUAGAGCACCCCUGCCUUCCUCAGGAAACCUGACCGGCAAGGGCUCUCUGGCUUCCUGAAAGCUUCACCUCUUCCCUCGUUUAUAUCUCAACUAUAAGGGCAUUUUCAAGCUUCUGUUCAUGGAAUGAGCAACUCAGACUGUCUGGAGCUUGCUGAGUACAAACACACCACCACUAAGUUUCAGAACUUUCCUUAGAACUUGGGCAAAAUGUGGUGGUAACUCUUAAGUGCUUUUGGUAUCUCUUGAGAUUCUAACUUUUAAAGAGCAACCAUUAAUGUGUAAAAUGAUUCCUAUUUCUUCAAGGUUUUUUUUUAAUGAAAAUAAAAUAUUUGAUUUUCUAGAAAA